UUUAUUACUUUUCAUAUGCAGUGUGAGGUGACAUGUAAAUAAAAGAAGAAUGUUAAACCUAGUUGCUUUUUCAAUUUUCGUGGGCCUCGUCCUAGCCCGUCCAGACUCUAACUUGGCCAAUAGAAAUGCUGAACACCCGAUAGUCACUACACCUUUAGGUCAAAUCGAGGGAACAAUUAUCGCUUCCAGGUUGGGAAAACCAAUUAAUACCUUCAGAGGAAUUCGUUACGCAAAGGCUCCAAUUAAUGAGUUAAGAUUCCAACCAUCAGUUCCUGCACAAAAAUGGACAGGAACCUUGAACGCCACCAUAGAUGGUCCAUUGUGUCCACAACCCACAGACCAACCCAUUUCAGAGGAUUGUUUAUUUGUUAACGUUUACUCAGCCAAAAUACCAAAAGGUGCUGAAAAACCUAAACUUCCCGUCAUAGUAUACAUCCAUGGAUCUGGUUACAAAACUGUAGGUGCUGCCAGCAACUGGCUUGGACCUCAAUAUCUCUUGGACCAAGAAGUUGUUUUGGUGACUUUUAAUUACCGUAUUGGAACCUUAGGUUUCCUUAGUACUGGUGAUAAAGAGGCACCUGGUAACAACGGUCUAAAGGAUCAGGUUCUUCUCUUGAAAUGGGUUAAAGAUAACAUUGCAGCAUUUGGCGGUGACCCAGACAUGGUAACUUUAAUGGGUUAUGAUUUUGGUGCAGAUGCAGUAACUCUACAUAUGGUGUCCCAGAUGUCGCAAGGUCUAUUUCAUAGAGCCAUUGCCAUGAGCGGUUCAGGUUUAGGAAACUGGCCCGUUCCAAGUCACCAAUUGGACCUUGCAAAGAAACAAGCCAAGUUGGUUCAAUGCCCUGAUGAUACUGUUUCCAAUAUCAUGAAAUGUUUACGUGGUAAAACUUAUAAUGAAAUCAGCGAUGCCUAUCCACAACUAAAAGAGUUCUCCAAGGAACCCUUUACUGUAUGGCUUCCAGUGAUUGAAAAUGAUGUUGGUCAAAAAGACAGAUUUUUGACUGCCCAUCCAAUUCAACUCAUACAAAACGGACAAUUCGCUAAAGUUCCAUUCUUAACUGGGGUUACAACAGAGGAACAUGCUGCUAGAGCUUUCCGUAUUUUGAACAACGAAACAUUGAGGAAAGAUUGGAAUGAAAACUUUGAAAAAGUCGCCCCAAUUGCGUUGCUCUAUGAAAGAGGCACUGAUAACUCUAAAGCUACAAGCAAAGCUUUAAAAACAUUCUAUUACAACGAUAAACCUAUUGAGAAGACUAGCGUUGCUAGCACCGUCCAGAUUUUAUCGGAUGGUAUCACUGGAUUCUCCGUCAACAGGGCAGCCAAACUGAUUUCCGAGAAAAGCAACCAAUCAGUUUAUUACUACAGAUUCAACUAUGGCGGGCGGAACAGCCACUUUUACACCCCUCAGAGCAAUAAUACUGAACCUUUUGGGGUUGUGCACAACGAUGAUUUAAUGUAUUUAUUCUUCAUCGAAAAAUUGUUCCCCUUCUUUAAGGAUACGACUCCCAAUGAUGCCGAAAUGGUCUUUAAAAUGACCAAGUUGUGGGCCAACUUUGCCAAAACUGGAAAUCCAAUCCCCGAGCCCCACGAAAAACUCGAUAACGUAAAAUGGGAACCAUUCAACCAAAAAACUCAAAAGUACAUGGACAUCGCGAAUAAACUCGUCCUCAAUGAAAAAUUGAACGAGAAAAGAUACGCUGAAUGGGAAAAAUUAUUCCCGUUGACCCACUACACCAAAAACAAGGUAGCUGCUGGUUAAUAGUGUUUUUUUCUCAACAUGUCCUACUUACAAGACUUGACCUGAUUGUGUAUAUGAUUUCUGUAUUUAAUAAAUUUGUUUGCAUUUUG